UAACCUUGUUACUAUUGUGAAAUAUGAUUGAGAGUUCUCUAAUGUGCUGUUGUAGAGAAAGUGUUGAUAAAUUGACAUUAUUAUUACCCUCACUUGGGAAAUAAUCUUAAAAAAAUCACACACAAUUACAGACAAAGUCCUUGUUUGCUCGGUUUUGUUGUGUAAGUGCAAGACAGUACAAGGCCUUGCCUGACCUGCCUUGUUGACAAUCAGUAGGGCAGAUUUGCAGUAUAUAUAUAUCAGCACUGACGUUAAAUUGGCUCCCAGGUUGAUGCCGUAACACAGGUGAAGUUUUAUGCUGCCAGUUAAUGGGCACACUGACGAGCCAACUGGGAUGUUGCCCGUGGUGAGUCAAGGACCUAAAUGCAGAUAUUUUUAGAUGUGUUGACAACUACUAUUAACAAACUUACACCUGUUAUGGCACUUUUUUUAUGUGUAUUAUAUGUUAACUGCCUGUAAAAGAAAUCUAUCUAUAUAUUACUGCUACUGUAUAAAGACAGUAACAUUUCAUAACUGUUUCUGCCUCGAUGCUAUGGAUUCGGUUCAUUACAUGAACCCUGACCUUCUCCACAAGCAGAAAAACACUUCAAAAGUGGCCACAAAUCCUUGCUUGCUCUAGCUCCUGCAAUUAGUCAAGCUGAGGGUAUAGGUCAGGUGUCAGGGAUUGUUUUGUGGAGAGGAGGGGAUAAAUCUAUUGGCCGUGGCACUCACAGGAUGAUGAUGGUAAUUGGCUAAAGUGUUGGAUUGGGUGGGACGGGCCGGCGCAUUCGUAAUCCAAUAGAUAGACUCACUGAGUAUAUUUAUGGAGCAAAGAAAAUCCUGUUGACAAUAAAGAUGGAGAACAUGUACAGAGAAAGCACUGGGACUGAGUUUCGAGAAACAUUCAAAUCAUUGCAAAGUUAUACAAAGUCUGUCAUAAAACUGGCAGCCCACUAACAAAAACAUAAUUUUGUGGAGUGCGGAAUGAGGGCCAAGACUUUCUCACAGAAAAGUCUAUGAAAGGAGGCAACAACAUCGCACACGUUGGGCAGGAAGGAGGUCAAGACCAGAGAGGGCUGGCAGAGAUGAUGAUAUGAGGGGGUGUAGCUGGGAUUGGAGGUAUAGGAGGGCGGGUGAGGGCGUUAAACUCCCUGGACAGAUGGUAGUCUGGAAUUAGAUGUGAGUGGUCAACUAAACCCAUUGAAAGGCCACUACUGAAAUAGCAGACAAAACCCACCUUGGUUUCCCAGAAUAUCGCUUAACGGUUGCAAAUCUCUUGGUGUAGAAAAGUAACGUUAAGUUUUUAUGAUUCUGCAGCACUCAGACACUUCUCAACUUCAUGGAGGGGUUGUAACUACACAGAUAUAGUUAAAAUGCAUUGAACCCCCUGUUGAUUGAAUAAUAUUGAAAGAUUAAAUAAUAAGACUUUUAAUUUCUUGGACACAAUAACACAAGGCGUAACUCUGAAUCUCUACUGUAUGGAAAUGAUAUAACAGAGGAAUGAACAGUCACAUACUGUAGAUCUUUCUAGACUUCCAGACCCAUUAGAGUAAAACAGGACCUAGGGUUCAUUUUAGUCAAGAGCUCAGCCACCUUAAAUCCCGCAUUAACAGAAUUAACCCAGUGAUCCAUGGUAGGAGUGUGUUUUCCCCUCCCCUCCUUAUCUGUCACUGUCUUACUCGUCGAGACACUCAAUUCUCCAGCCAUCAUCUACCAACACAACGCACAGGAUUUUCUUUGGCCUCUGAAAUCAACACGAGACGGCAAGCAAGAAAGGAGAAGUUCAGGAGGCACAGGAGAAGAAGAACUCAGGUAGCAAAUAUUUGCUGGUGAGUUUGUCAGACACAUAACUAAGACACUAAAACCAACCACAAUGGGAAAUACAACCAGUAGCGCAUUAUCAAAGGAGAUCCUGGAGGACCUGAAGCUCAGCACCAUAUUCACUGAACAUGAGAUCUCCCAGUGGUACGAGAACUUCCAGAAGCAGUGCCCAACGGGGCGCAUAACACCAGAAGAGUUUGAACAGAUCUACGCCCGCUUCUUUCCUGACAGUGAUGCCAAGAGCUACGCACGGCAUGUGUUUCGCUCCUUUGACACCAACGACGAUGGCACUUUGGACUUCAAGGAGUACAUCAUUGCACUGCACAUGACCUCCACUGGGAAGACCACCCGAAAGCUGGAGUGGGCCUUCUCGCUGUUUGAUGUAGACAAGAACGGAUACAUCAACAAGACAGAAGUGACGGAAAUCUGCCAGGCCAUAUUUAAGCUGAUCCCCAAGGAGGAGCAGAGCAAGCUACCAGAGGAUGAGAACACACCCGAGAAGAGAGCCAACAAGCUGUGGUCUUACUUUGAAAAGCGAGACAACGAGCGACUGGCUGAAGGAGAGUUCAUCAAAGGAGUGAUCGAAAACGAGAAUGCAAUGCGUCUUAUCCACUAUGAACCGAUCAAACAAUAAACUCUGUUUCAUUCCCUCUCCUUCUUCCUCUCAUUAGACUCUUUCCUUUUCUUUUAAACUACUAAUUUUUUCCUCCUCCCAGCCUCACGUACUUUCUCCUCCCCUCCUGUGUAAAUAGUCUUCUCUGCAGUGUCUUGGUUGCAACUAACUUUUCCGUAAGUUCUCGUUUCUGUCAUGUUUUAUUGUUGUUUUAUCAAUGUUUGUAAAUUAUUUUAGAUCAUAUAUCAUAGCGGCAUAGUGAAAAGUCAAAACACGUAAAGCUAAAAAAAGAAGAUGAUAAUGCAAUAUAUAAUUUAGAUACUGUAUAAAGAACAUCUCUGAUAAAUACUGACCCAUUGUUAACUGCUUAAAUGAUUCAAAUGAAAUUCAGCCUCUGGAAAUGUCUUAAUGGAGGACGUAGCUCUCAAGUGUUGUACUUUAUUAACUGUAUAAUAAAUUAAAGGUUUUCUCAUACA